AAAUCAUAAUUUUGGAGGGAAAAUAAUUUAGAGCGAAAAUUCCCCAACACACUUCUUCACAAAUAAAAAAACUUCCUUUUUCCUCUUUCAAAUUUUUCUUCUUCUCAUUUUUCCCUUUCAAUUUUCCUCUUCCAAUUCGAAUCUAUCACCAUCAUCAUGGAUUCAGAUUCCAACCACAAGAGACCCUUCCAACAUAAUCCUUCUUCAAUUUCAGCCUCCGUCGUUUUCAACCAUUUCGAAGUUCCUCUCUUUUCCGCCACUCAAAACGGCGCCGUUUCGAUCUGCAAAUCUAUGCAUCUUCACGCCGACAAACCGUACUUGAUUGGCCGGAAGUCUCGUGACUGUGAAUUCGUAUUCAACGACCGCCGUGUCAGUAAACGACACUGUCAGAUCUUCUUCGACGGUUCGCUUCGUAAACUUUACAUUCUGAGUGGGGUUUUAUCACUCACUGAUUCUACCGUUAAUUCAAAAUUUCGACUUGUUCAUGAGUUUAGGAAAAGAGUGAGGUUUUCUCGCGGGAGUGAGGGUUUUCCGUUUCUUGAAGCUUCUAAUGGUGUUUUUGUUAAUGGUGUUGAAAUUAGAAAGGGAAUGGCGGUGGAAUUAUAUGAAGGGGAUAGGGUUUCGCUUGUUUGUGGAAAUCUGAACGGUUCGUGUGGGAUUCGGAAUCGGAUUGGGUUUGUUGUAGAGAGAAUUGUUCUUGAAAAUUGUGUUGGUGAUGAUGAUGAUGAUGAUGGUGAAAUUGAUAGGUUAACAUUUUCAGGGCAUUCUCAAAGUGGGAAAAGGAGUAAGAGGGUUUUUGCGGUGAAGGCCAAUGAUACGAAAUUUGAUGGGGUUGUUGGGAGGGCAAGGUUUCUUGUAGAUAGGUGUAGAGAUAUAUUGCUCAGUGAUGAUCCUUUGUCUUGCAUUUUACGGUCUGAUUUGGAUUUGCAAUGUGGAUAUAAGCGUGCUUUUCGAACCGGGUUAGUGCAGAAGGUGGUGGAAGAUAAUGGUGUUGAUAUUGUGCAGUCAAGUUCUGCUUUACUUUGUGAAAGUAAAGGGAUGGAUUUGGAGGGAAAUGGUGGAAGUUUUUGUCCAAAAGAGAAUUUGGAAGUUGAUUGUGUUAAUGUUAAUGCUUUUGCUGAUAAGAAUUUGAAUUUGGUAGUGUCAGAUUAUAUUGAGAAGGAUAAUGUUUCUUCUGAUGGCAAUAAUGGGCAGGGUGAAAAUGGAUGCAAUUUUUAUCCACCUCCUGGAAAGAAUUUUUAUCUUAAUCGCCUUGAAUUUAUGAACCAUGACUUGUCGGGUCUUGAUAAAUCUAUAUCGCUCAAUGAACUUAUUCAUCCUAUUGAAAGCAUGACGAGGAUGUUUAUUGCAACAUUUACAAGUGACAUACCAUGGUUCUUGACAUAUUGCAAGAUUCCUUUACAUCUGCCAGUUACAAUCGCCUGUCAGAAUACCGAGAAAUGUUGGAGUUCAAAGCCUGAUGAAAGAGUAUCUGUGCCUUACCAUAAUUAUCCUAACCUAGUUGUAGUGCAUCCUCCAUUCCCUGAAACCAUAGCAUUUGGUAAAGACCGCAAGAGACAUGGGAUAGCUUGCCAUCACCCAAAGUUGAUUGUUCUGCAAAGAGAAGAUAGUAUUCGAGUUGUCAUUACAUCUGCUAAUUUGGUGGAAAAGCAGUGGAACAGUGUGACUAACACUGUAUGGUGGCAAGAUUUCCCUCGUGCCAUUUUGGUUGAUUUUGCUUCACUUUUCCCAAAAAUAUAUGAUGAUGAGAUUCAUAGAGACUCAAAAUGUGAUUUUGCUGCUCAAUUGGCUGGGUUUAUGGCAUCACUUGUUAUUGAUGUACCUAGCCAGGCUCACUGGAUUACUCAGCUCACAAAAUAUGACUUUGGCGGUGCAACAGGGCAUCUUGUUGCUUCAGUACCUGGAGUUCACCUUAAUAGAACUUCUAUUCUGUCAGAAUCCUAUCAGUCCUCUUCUUUUCUUGGCUCAGUUGUGGCAUCUGUAGUUGGUUUGAGCCAUCUUUUCCGUACUGUGGCGGACUCAAACGGUGCAGGUCUAAAAGCACUGGCUGCUGUCCUUGGAAAGUCUUGUAAUAAUGCUUAUGGGACGUUCAAGAUUGUUUUAAGAAGAAAUCACAAUGUGCCUGCCGAUGAAAAUGCUGUUAGCGUUCUUGUUCCCAAGUCUGAUCAAACUUCUGAGGGAGAUUAUGUUCAACUUGGUUUUUUGCCUAGAAAUGUAGCAAAAUGGGUUUCUCCUCUUUGGGAUGCUGGAUUCUUUGCAUUUUCUGGAUAUGUUUUUCCAAAAGAGGCCCUUGCAGCUGCUUUGGGAGAAAACUGCCAGAAAGUUCAACUGAUACUGAAUGUGUCAGAGGGGCAUCAUUUUCGAGAUAUGUCAAAGAUGAUGCAAUCUGAACAAAUUGCUGCUUUUUGCUCACUCAUUGCUUCAAUGCAAAGACAUUAUGGACUCUGGAGACUACAAGAGGUUCUGAAUAAAUAUAGAUGGCCUGAAUCAUUGAAGUCUGAAAUUGUAUAUGGUGCUUCUUCCAUUGGUUCUGUCAAUUCAAAAUUUCUUGCUGCAUUUUCGGCUGCUGCUGGGAAGAAAUCACUGCAACAUUUUGAUUCAGAAGAGUCUGAUCCUGAAUGGGGCUGCUGGAAUGCUAGGGAAGAAUUGAAGAAUCCUUCUGUUAAGAUUAUUUUCCCCACUAUUGAAAGAGUGAAGAAUGCUUAUGAUGGGAUUUUACCUUCAAGACGUAUUCUUUGUUUCUCAGAGAGAACAUGGCAAAGGUUGAAGACGUUAGAUGUACUUCAUGAUGCCAUCCCUCACUCUCAUGAAAGAGUAGGACAUCCAAUGCAUACCAAGGUGGUACGCAGAUGCUUCUGGUCUAGGAGGGGCGCACCUUCGAUUGGUUGGGUAUACUGUGGGUCUCAUAAUUUUAGUGCUGCUGCCUGGGGGCGACAAAUUUCAAAUCCAUCUGGUACAAAAACAGACGGACCUCAUAAAGGAGAUCCAUCUGUGAAUUCAGCGCUUCAUAUUUGCAAUUAUGAACUUGGGAUUAUAUUUACUUUUCCUCCAAAAGAAAAUAAUGAUUUUCCUAAAGCUAAAAGCACAAAAUUAGACGAUAUUAUUCUGCCAUUUGUUGUUCCUGCUCCAAAAUAUGGAUCUCAAGAUAGGCCAGCUACGAAGCUUGCUAUGAGAGAGGCGAUGACUGAACUUGCUGAACGAGAGGGUGAGAAACAAGCUGAAGAAGAAAUGAUGGAAGAGAUUCUUGAGGAAGAGGAAGAAAUAGAAGAAAUUAAUUGUGUUGGAGAGGAGAAGGAGGAAGAGAAGGCAUAUGCUGAUAUACUCUGGAGUCAGGUUGAUUCUUCCCACUCCCAGGACAGUGACGCAGUAGCUAUGGCGCAGUCAACAUGAGUAUAUUGGUGACAUUGGUGUUGGGGGAGUCGCGGUAUCUGGUCGCAACAUACAAGGGUGGCUUUCAAACCUACAUAAAUAAUUGCAGAUGUCCAACUUAAUCUAAGAUAUUAAUUAGGAUUGAAGAGCAAAGUUGUUGACCUGCGGUUAAGAGAAACUGAUUAGGACUUGUCCAACAACGAUUUGUCUGAUGCAAAUUGAUUUAUAUUUGGAGCAGGAAGUGGUGCUUCCAACCUCAUGUAAUUCAGUCCAUUUUAGGCAUGACGAAUUAUUGAUACCACUCUCUUGCUUCAGGUCCCAAUCUGAUUUGCUCUGUGCACCUUGUUGCUUCAAUUCCACCUCUAAAUGGGGGUUUUUAGUGAAAUAUAUUAUAAAGAUAAACAGAAUGGGAGGACCACCAAUAACAUUUCUUAUAGCUCUAAUUAAGGAUUCAAUUGGAGGAUUUGAAAGUGAUAGUUAGAUGAUUUGUGUAUAGCACUGUAAUUAUUAUUUUUCUGCUAAAUCUUGAUAACCAGCGUUGGAAACCACCGACUGGAUAAGAGGCGGUUGCUACCAAUAGACCCCCAGUUAGGCUUAAGGAUUCCAAAUUUUCAUAAGAUCAAAAUGCUGUCACGGUGUUUGCAGUCCGAGUGGGGUUAGCAUACCUGAACAUGGCAAAAUCUUCUGCAGCAUGGUAUACUAUAUUAGAUCUGUAAAGCGUAAGGCUUUACAUUGUUGUAUCUUUGAGCAUUAAUAUUUGAUUCGAUACAUUCCUUGUAAGUAAUAAACUCCGAAAAGGCUGCUGCAACCACCUCUUAUUGGAUUGUGUGUGAAGUAUACACUAUAGUUAGUUAGUAUGGUUAGUAACUGUAAGUCAGUUGGCUAGCUUACAUGUUGUUAGAUAGUUUACAGUAGUUAAUAAGCUCUAUGGACUCUAAAUAGAGCGACACUGUAAUUUAUUGAUCAUUUUUCAAUAUGUAACACUGAUUUCAGAGAUUGUAAGAUCA